CUGGCGUAGUUGUUUUUGUUGCGAAUCCGGAAGGAAGCUCACAUUUCAUAUUGGGCGUGUAUUAUCACGUCAAAAGACAAAUAAGCAUUAUUUUCUUGCUUUACGGGUCUUUUAAAUCGCGACUCAACUUUAACGACCACUUUUCUUCAAAUAGCUCCACGUUUAUUCGCUGGAUAUUGUGGUGCUGAAUGUUCUGGGACCUCGGCGAAGAUGGCCCUGGAGGAGCGGGCCCGGAGCAAUCUGCUGCGCCAGCGCCACAAACUGGAGCAGGACAUCAAGCCCCAGUACCUGAUGGACCACAUGAUCAGUGAUGGUGUGAUGACAGUGCAGGAGGAGGAGAAGGUCAGGGUUCAGGGCACCAGGAAAGACCAAGCUGCAGCCCUGAUCGAGCUCGUGCUGAGGAAAAACAACAACUGCUUCAUUUCUUUCUACAACGCGCUGGUUAAAGAGACGUACGACGAUCUGGCCAAACUGCUGUAUGUAGACCUGCCGGAUGUCUCGUUCGACGGACAAAAGAGCUCUUCUGAGAGCUCCAUAUCUCACGUCCAGAUUAUGCUGAGUGAAGGCGGAGUCCCACAGAGGCCCGUGGUGUUUGUCAGCAGACCAGAGUUGGUGAAUCAGGUCAGGAAGAAGCUCUAUUUGCUCCAGAAGGAUACCGGCGGCUGGGUUACGGUCUUUGGAAUGGCCGGGUCAGGCAAGUCCGUGCUCGCCGCCGAGGCCGUCAGAGACCAUUCACUCAUCGAAGAAUGCUUUCCCAACGGGGUUCACUGGCUCUCCAUCGGUCAGCUGGACAAAGCAGACCUUCUGGUGAAGAUCCAGUCGUUGUGUUUCCGUCUGGAGCAGAGCCUUGAUUCCCCGUCGCACCAGCGACCGGCCUCCUCUCUGGACGAAGCAAAGGAGCGCCUGCGCUUCCUGAUGCUGCGCCGCUAUCCCAGAUCUCUACUCAUCCUUGAUGACGUCUGGGAGAGCUCCGUGCUGAAAGUGUUUGAUAUUCACUGCCGGAUUCUUCUGACCACCAGAAAUAGAAGCCUCGCUGAUUCCGUUAGCGGCCCCAAAUAUGAGGUGGAAGUAGAAAGUGGUCUGGAUGAUAAAAAGGCGCUGGAGAUUCUGGCUCUGUACACAAAAAUGAAUCAAAACGGGCUACCUGAGGAGGCCCGCAGCAUCGUCAGAGAAUGCAAAGGCUCUCCUCUGGUGGUUUCUCUGAUCGGCGCUCUUCUCAAAGACAAACCCAACCGUUGGGGUUACUACCUCCGGCAGCUGCAGCAGAAGCAGUUCAAGCGCAUCAGGAAGUCGUCGUCCUACGACUACGAUGCCUUGGAUCAGGCCAUGGCCGCGAGCAUCGAGGUCUUACCGGACGAGCACCGGGAGCUCUACAAAGACCUGACUGUGCUGGAGAAGGACGUCAAGAUUCCCGCUAAGGUGCUGUGUGUUCUGUGGGAUCUGGAGCCAGAGGAGGUGGAGGACAUUCUCCAAGAGUUCGUCAACAAAUCUCUGCUCUUUGUAGACGGCAACAGUAAACCCCACCUGUACUACCUGCAUGACCUCCAGCUGGACUUCCUGGUGGAGCAGAACCGAGAGCAGAUAGAGAGUCUUCACAGUAAGGUGGUGCGCCAGUACCAGCAUCACUACCGAGAGGCUCCUCCCACUUCUGGUGACGAGGAAUGCUUUUAUUGGAUCAGAUUUCUGACCUAUCACAUGGCCAAAGGGAACCUAUCCCAGGAACUCUACUCGCUCAUGUUCUCUCUGGACUGGGUCAGCCUCAAGGCGCGGAUAAUGGGCCCCGCCCAUCUCAUCAACGACUACGUGGAGCACGGGCCCAUUCUGGACAAAGAGAACAGCGAGGUGCGCAGCCAGUUCCAGGAGUUUCUGUCCCUGAGCGGCCACCACCUGGAGCAGAGGCCUUUCCCUGACGUCGUGCAGCUCGCCCUGUCGCAGCCGCGCUCCUCAGAGGUCUACAGACAAGCCCGGCAGCAGGCGCUGAACCGGGCCAACGGCGGGAAGCUCUACUUUGAAUUAAUAAAUAAGAGCGGCGUAGAAAAUCUGUCCCGUUUGGUGAUCCACCCUCACCUGGGCUCCAUCUACUCCGCCUGCUUUUCCCACAAUGGGAGCAAGAUAGCUGCCUGCGGAGCCAGCAAGACGCUGAAGGUAUUUAAAAGCACCUCAGGUGAGAAGCUCAUAGAGCUCCAGGCCCACGAUGAAGAGGUGCUCUGCUGCGCUUUCUCCCCUGAUGACCAUCUUCUAGCAACCUGCUCAAGCGACAAGAAAGUCAAGGUGUGGAACAUCCUGCAGGGUAAGCUGCUGAGGGUCUUUGCAGAGGAGCACGAUGAGCAGGUCAACCACUGCGAGUUCACCAACACAGCGCAGCGCCUCCUACUGGCCACCUGCUCAAACGACAGUGGCUUAAAUGUCAAGCUCUGGAAUCUGAACAAGCCGACCUCCCAGAACACCAUGUUUGGUCACUUUGAGCCGGUGAACCACUGCUGUUUCUCCCCUGAUGACCGUUAUUUGUCCACUUCCUCCAACGACGGAACCGUUAAGUUGUUCCAGGUGUCGACAGCCAACGAGUGGAAGACAAUCGACGUGAAGAGCUUCUUUUCAGAAAGCGACGAGGAGGAGGUCCUUGUCAAGUGCAGCACCUGGACUGCCGACGGUACCCGCAUCAUAUGCGCCGCCAGGAAUGCUGUUUUGGUUUUUGAUGUCCAGACGUCAGACAUGUUGCUGGAGAUCAAGACGCAUCGUUUGAGCACGGUGCAAUACUGUCACGCCUGUCCUACCAGUAACCUGCUGGCACUAGCAUUCUCAAAUUAUGCUGUGGAGCUGUGGGAUCUUGAGGAAAACAAGAAGAGGGCCGACUGCAGCGGCCACCUGAGCUGGGUCCAGCGUGUCCAAUUCUCUUGUGACGGCUCACAGCUGCUCUCCUGCUCCGACGACCAGACUGUCAGGUUAUGGGAGACCGAGAAGGUCCACACGUCCUCAGCCAUCUGCCUGAAGAGAGACUCAGACGUUCUCUUUAAUGGGGAGGAAAUCAUCGUGUCGGCUUCAGACAACUGCAACAGACUGCAGGUGCGGGACGGCAGAACAGGGUCCGUGCUCUUCCAGUCAGAAGAGAUGCCGUUUAGGAUCCGCUGUACAUGUAUGUGCAGGAAUCCGUCUGUAGUGUCCCUGGGACAAGAGGACGGAAAUGUGCAGGUGUUGGAGCUGCCCUCAGGGAAGCUUUUAGCCACCCUGCCGGGUCACACCAAGACCGUGCUCCACUGCCAGUUCUGCCAGGACGGGGAAACACUCGUCACCUCCUCAGAGGACACCACCAUCAGGGUGUGGAAGUGGAGAUCAGGCGAGUGUAAAGUACUUCAGGGUCACAAGGAGCAAGUCCGAUGCUUCGCUUUGCUCGGCGAGUCAACAAAUGAACCGAAGCUGCUCUCCUGGUCCUUUGAUGGAACUGUGAAGGUGUGGGACGUGGAGAGCGGGGAGAAACUGCAGGACAUCGCGGCUCAUCAGGGAGCCAUUCUGUCCUGUCACGUCUCGCCAGACAGAUGUCUCUUUGCAACCACCUCUGCUGACAAGACCGCUAAGCUGUGGAGCUGCGAGUCCUGGCAGUGUGCCUUCACCCUGAGAGGUCACCAGGAGUGUGUCCGAAGCUGCCGCUUCUCCUGGGACAGCAAACGCCUCGCUACAGGCGACGACAACGGAGAGAUCCGGAUCUGGAGUGUCAAAGACGGCUCUUUGCUGAAGGUCUGUUCCCAGGAAAGUAAAGACGGCAUGGACUCUCUACACGGAGGCUGGGUGACUGAUCUGCACUUCUCCCCGAACAAUUCCCUGCUCGUUUCAACCGGUGGCUACAUCAAGUGGUGGAACGUGGCGAGAGGCGAAGCCCUGCAGACCUUCUACCCAACAGGAAGCGCUCUCAAGAAAAUCCACGUGUCACCCGACUUCUCCACCUUCGUCACCAUCGACAACAUCGGCAUCCUCUACGUCCUUAAGCGAGUAGCGUGAGGACAGCGCGAACAGGAUCGAAAAAACAAAUCACUACCAUUCAGAAAAAUACUAAGUAGCAGCAAAAACAACUUUGCAUGAUAUUUUUUCCCCCUCACCCCCAUCAGUCUGCCAUCCACUAACCAUUAAUGGGAAACAUAGCAUUAUACACCAGCACUUGGCGUUCUCUGGGACUAAAUGACUCUGUUGUUGGGAUUAGAGAUGCACCAAUCAGAGAUUUAUGGCCGAUUUCCAAGCUCAGGGUUCAGUAAAGGCGAUUUUAGAUCCUUACAUUAACUGGGAUAUUUCCACAAAGCACCCAGCAAGUUCCAAAACGAUCAUAAAUUGAAAACGGAGUAAAUCAAAGCUAACAUGAGCACUAUUGCAAAUUUAUGAAAGAGCAUUAUGAUUGGUACCUGCUGGAGUCAACGCUUGGAUGAACAGCUGAAAUCCGCCUGUAAAGACCACAGGUUCCUUUACUGCAGCUUCUUAAUCCGUGUUCUUCCUUUAACUUUGAGACUUCUUCUGUCAGUAACAACUUCCCCACUAAAGAGUGUUGUGAGCACAACCUGACCACCAGUGGAGCCACAAGGAAUCUGUUUCUGAUCACCAGCUGAUUUGUCGGUGCAUCUGUAUUCGUGACCAACUCUAAAGUUAGACAGAUCCAGAACCUUUCCUUGGAAGAAGAAUAAAACCUUUAAAUAAAAUCAUAUGGAAAAAUUGAAAUCAGCAUGGGAAUAAAAAUAAAUAUACAUGAUCGGUGCAUCUUUUUUAACUGUGAAUAAUAUCUGUAAAUCAACUUUGCAUUAAAAUGGCAAACAAUCACAUGUGGUAUGGGAUACUUUAUCAUUACGCAAGCUUUAUGACUGUUCUUGCACAUCAUUAAAUGCAUUUGAUUGGAGAUGACUGGAGACUUUUCAUCCAUGCAUCACCAAAUAUAGCUUUCAUCUCUAAACUUAAUCUUCUGUGUAAAUGUUUUUGGGUUUUUUUUGUCGUAAUUUCCGCUGCACCCUUGGUCUUAAAGAGAUUUCUUACCAUUGCUGGAGCAUGUUUUCUGUAAACUGACUCCGCCUUUUUAAGUCCAAGUAUGAAACUUUUGGUGCAAUUUGACGCGCAUUAAAAAUGAAUGGCCUGAUGAAGUUUUAAUGACUUAAGCAUUUAAAAUUGCAUCCAGUCAAAGCCGGAGAGACUAUCUGUACUUCGAAAGUGUUUGUUCGUUUGAGUUUGGAUCAAAGGUAAAUGUUUUAUACCGAGAAAGAAAAUGUGAUUUAUAAUUUAUUAAGAGCUUUCCAGUUGUGAUUCAUGCUGUGCUUUCAUAAUGUUUUGUAACAGUUUACAUCGGCUCUGAGUCCCACUUUUCACACCUCUUUUUUAUGAAUUAUCUUGUUCAGAGCACUUUGAAGCGAAAGUUGCAAUCUUUCAGGAGGCCUUUCUAAAAUGUGACAUUUAGACCGUUAAACUUACUACUAUAAAGUUUUUAGGUGUGCGACGAGUCUGUUGUCAAGCUGUAUUCUAUUAUCAAACCUGAAUCAUUUAAUAAAUCUGGAUGUAGAAUCCAGGUUUAUUUAGAUGAUUUUAGAUGUACAAAUGGAAGAAAAAAAUUAAUGGGUGGGUGUAUUUCAACACGUCCUAAUUAUUCAACACUGUUAUUGUUUUUAAAAACUGUGCCUCCUGUUUGGUGCUUUGAAAGUUUAAUCUGGGAAGUUUUCUUCAGCAAGUACCACAGAUUUCUUCUCUUCCUGAGCCAGAGUCGACAUGUAUGUGUUGGUACGGUGUUGUGAGGGUAAUUCAGGAUUAAACCAUAUUAAUUGAUCUGUAA